AUGGUUAAAGAUUUAAAAUUAAAUAAUAAUAAUAAUAAAAAACCAUCACAAAAAACAAAUAAUAAUAAAAUCAUAGAAACCGAUAAUAAAAAAAAUAAUAAAAAUGAAACUGUAGAUAAACAUUGGAAAAACUCAAGAGAAUUUAAUGAUGAUGACGAAGAAGAGGAAGAAGAGCAACAACAAAAAACAAAUGUAAAUAAAAGAAACAAUAAAAAUGACAAUGAAUCAGAUGAUGAUGAUGACGAUGAAUAUGAAAAAGAAAAUGAAUCAGAUAAUGAUAAUGAUGAUAAAUCAUCAAAGAAAAGAAAAAUUUCAGAAUUUGAAAAUGAUAAACAACAAGAUGAAGAAUCAGAUAAAGAAGAUGAAGAAAAAGAAUUUGAAUUAUCUUCAAAAAUAACAACAAUUAAUGGUAAACCUGUAAAAGUUCCAAAAGGUGCUAGAAAAUAUUUAAAAGGUGAAAUCGUUGCACCAACUGGUAUUAAAAAUCCAUUUAUGAAAACUAGAAUAAAUAAAAUUGGAGAAUUAAAAUUAGAAUCAGCAAAAGCAGCACAAAAGAUGGAAAUGUUAUUACAACAUGAUGUUGGAUUUAUUGUAGCAGAGAAUGAUAGAGAGAAAACAUAUAAAUUAACACAAAAUAAGAUAGCAUCAAGUGUUGAUAUUCAAUCUAGUGGUAAAGUGUUUGAUUUAGCAUUGGAACCUAAUGGACCAUAUAAAAUUCAAUAUUCAAAGAAUGGUAGAUAUUUAUUAUUGGCAGGCGCCAAAGGUCAUUUUUCAAUGAUUGAUUGGCAAAGAGGAAAGAAAUUCACAGAGAGACAUUUAGCAUCACCAAUUAGGGAUGCGGUAUUCCUCCAAAAUGAAUCGAUGUUUGCAUUGGCACAAAAGAAAUAUACAUACAUUUACAAUCAAGAUGGUGUUGAAAUGCAUUGGUUAAAGGACCAUUACGAUCCAAAAUUCUUGGACUAUCUACCAUACCAUUUCCUAUUGGUAUCGGCAACCAAUAAAGGUAAGAUCAUCUAUGAGGAUAUUUCAGUGGGUCAAAAGGUGGUUGAAAGUUUUUAUAGCGGACCAUUGUCAGCAAUGUGUAAAAAUCCACAAAAUGCUGUAAUGAAUCUUGGUUUCACCACUGGUAUCGUUCAAAUGUGGAUACCAAAAUCAAGAAAUCCAAUCGUUAAACUUCAUUGCCAUAAAUCACCAAUCACAUCGAUGGCUGUAAGUUUAUCGGGCAACCAUUUGGUUACCUCUGGUUUGGAUGGUAUGAUUAAAAUAUUCGAUCUUCGUAAUACCUAUGAGGAGAUGCACGCUUUUCGUACUAAAUUCACCCCAAAUUCAAUCUCAUUAUCCCACACCAAUGUAUUGGCAGUCGCAGGUGAUAAAGAGACUUAUCUUUGGAAAAAUCCAUUCGACACAUCAGUUAAAGAACCUUAUUUAAUUCACAAGAAUGCUUCAAUGGCUCGUAAUGUUCAAUUUUGUCCAUUUGAAGAUGUUUUAGGUAUUGGUACUGAUAAUGGUUUCUCAAGUAUAUUGGUACCUGGUAGUGGUAUUGCAAAUUAUGAUUCCAUGGAAGCUGAUCCAUUCGCUUCAAAGAAAAUGAAGAGAGAACAAGAUAUCAAAUCCCUCCUCGAGAAAAUUCCACAUGAUAUGAUCUCUCUCGAUCCAAAUAUCAUUGGUACCAUUCAACAAGGUGUUAAAACUGAUGAAAAUAAACACAAAAGACAAGAUAAACAAAGACAAGAUAAAAAUCGUCAAUUCGAUCCAAAGAAACUUGAAGAAACUAAACAAAAGAAUAAAGAAAGAAAAGAAAAACUUGAAUCUGAAAUACUUAAUCCAUCAUCAAAUAAAUCUGCUUUAUCAAGAUUUGAAAGAAGAUAA